UUUGGUUAUAUUACUUGUAUUUCAUACUAGUGCUAAACCUUUUUUAAUGCAUAUACCAAAACUAUUGAUUGUAUCUUAUGAUGCAUUUAGAUAUGAUUAUUUUGAUAGAAAUAUGACACCUUUUCUCGAAAUGUUAAAAAGAAACAACACUUAUGUUGAUUAUAUGAAAAAUGUUUUUAUAACAAAAACAUUUCCAAAUCAUCAAACAAUAGCUACAGGAUUAUUUGUAGAAUCUCAUGGAGUUAUUGACAGUGAAUUUUAUGAUAAAAAAUCAGGAAGGAUAAUUAAGUAUUCAGAAGAAUUGUAUAAUUAUAAUAAUAAUAUUCUUCCAAUAUGGAUUCUUAAUGAAAAUAGUGAUAGAAAUAGGCAUAGUGGUGUUAUGAUGUGGCCUGGUAUUGGUUUUAAAUAUCAUGGUUCAAGUCCUACAUUUGAAUUAUCAUGGAAUAUAUCAGUGUCAUGGAGAAAAAGAAUAGAUAUUUUAAUAUCUUGGUUUAAUCACCCUAAAACUCCUAUUAAUUUUGGGAUGUUGUAUAUUGAAGAACCAGAUUUUCAUGGCCAUGGAAUUGGUAUUAAUAAUGCAAAUUUCAAUAAAGUCUUAGUGAAAUUAGAUAAUAUUACAAAAUAUCUUCAUGAUACUUUGAAAGAAAAAUCAUUAAAUGAUGUAAAUGUUAUACAUUUAAGUGAUCAUGGAAUGUCUACAGUUACAAUAGAUAGAAUUAUAAAUUUAACAAAUUAUAUCAAUCCAUCUGAUUAUAUAUAUGCAGGAUUGUCACCAGUAACAAAUAUUUAUCCUAAGGCUGGCAAAGAGACUUUAAUAUAUACAAAUUUAAGUAUAGCAUCAAAACGUACAAAGAAAUUUAAUGUAUAUUUAAAAAAAGAAAUACCUAAAAUCUAUCAUUUUUCUGACAAUACAAGAGUAGGGCCUAUACUUGUUGUUGCUAAGCCUGGAUAUGCAUUUGAAACAUUUUAUGAUAAUUUUCCUUGGUAUGAAAAGGAAUUCAAUAUCACAGUUAAUGAAAAAUCUGAAUUUGGUGUUCAUGGAUAUGACAACAAUGCUUCAGAAAUGUAUCCUUUUUUCUUUGGUGUAGGACCUGCUUUUAAAGCAGAAUGUAAAAUGCAGCCUUUUAACAAUAUUGAUUUAUUACCUCUAUUUUGUGAAAUACUUAAUGUUCAAUGUGAUCAUAUAAAUGGAACUUUAGGUGAUUUACAAAAAUGUUUAACUAAACACAAUUAUAAAGAAACUUUUUAUAGUAGUGUAUAUAUUGGUGGUGCUGUUAUAUCAGUUUUAGGAAUUGUAAUUUUAUAUUUAAUAUUAUUAAGAAAACGACAUAUUGAAAAAUAUAAUACCAUAUAUAGAGCUAGAUCAACCUAAAUAAGAUCAAAUAACAUUUGUAUUACAAUAUUGCAAUAAAUAAUAUCGUUCUAUAUUAUUAUAAUUUACAUUCCAUAAUACGUCAUUGCAAGACUAUAAUUGUAUAAUAAUUAAUUAUUAAGAUAUACAUAGAGGGGUUACCGAA